UGCAACUCUGUUCCAAAGACGCGUUGUGCGCGAAUGAUUUAUUCCAUUUAAUUAUUUAAUUAAUAGAAUUAUUAUUUUUUCGUUUGAUAUCGUUAGAACCAUCUAAUAAAAUAGUGAUAAUCAUGAGCGAUCGACCAAGUAAUGGUGAAUUUAAGUAUAAAAGGGAUGAAAACUCUGAUUCGGAGGCAAAAACAUCGUCGGAAAAGGAACGUGAUGAAAAGAAGUAUCAAGUUGACAAAGCCGGAGAAUAUGUUCGAGAACUUUUACAAGAAAAAGUUGAAUUGGAUUCGCAGAAAUGGCCUAAUGCAACGAGACUAAUUGAUCAAGAAAUUCAAAAAACUCAAGCUAUUGGCAAACCAGUAAGGGAUCCGAAAUAUGUGGAUAUUUAUCGUGAAAAACCAAUUCGAGUUUCGGUUAAAGUAUUGGUGCCCGUUCGGGAACAUCCAAAGUUUAAUUUUGUUGGAAAAUUAUUGGGACCGAAAGGUAAUUCUAUGAAACGUUUGCAAGAAGAAACAAUGUGUAAAAUGGCAGUAUUAGGAAGAGGAUCCAUGAAAGAUCGUCAAAAAGAAGAAGAAUAUCGUAUGUCUCUGGAUCCGAAAUAUGCUCAUCUUUCGGAUGAUUUACAUGUUGAAAUAACAGCACUCGCACCUCCGGCGGAAGCUUAUGCUCGUAUUGCAUUUGCGUUAGCCGAAGUUCGGAAAUAUUUGAUCCCAGAUAAUAAUGACAAUAUACGUCAAGAGCAAAUGCGCGAAAUGGAAAUGAAUAUGGCAGAUGAUCCAACGAGUAAUGACGAUAGAAGGCCUUCUGUCAGAGGUGUACCAGGUGCUGGUGGAAUAUUAAGACCAUCCACAAGACCAACAAUGCAACGAUCUUCGCGAGCGGCAAUACUUCCACCGCCUUCUAGCCGGGGACCAAUUACACGUCCUGUAUCAGCAAAAAGUAAAGUUUUUUCUAUUUUAGAUCGUGCAAGAGUCGCCAUGGAUCAGAGUUAUGGUUAUGAAACUGCUACUCCGCCUCCAAGUAACCGUGUUGGAACUCAUCAUGAUUAUGAUUAUCACACAUCAACGAGCAGUAGUAGCCGAUAUGGAGAUCGACAUUAUACAUCAACGUCAGGAGAUGAUAUGUAUCCUUCCUCGAGGUACGCAACUUACGAAUACGAAGAUGAUACUGUGCCACAUUCUUCUCACAAUUACUACGAAACAUCAGAAUAUCCAGAGGAAUCAUCGAGCCGCGCAUGGAAAUCGUACAAGACGACAACGACAUCGGGCUCAAGCUCGCGCUACCGCAACGCCCCGUAUUCACGACCUUCCAAGUAAAAAUCCAUAUAAAAAAAAAAAAACCACCCAAAUAUUUUCUUAAUUUUUAUCACAUCCAAAUAAUUCCUGCAUUAUAAAGCGAAACAACGAUCUUUCCUUUUUCUAACUUUAUUGUUUCUCAUAAUCCUAAACUGUUGACAUAUAAUUUUCGUAACAAACAAUAACUUGGUGCCAGAGAUGUCAAACCUAUAUAAAAAAAAAAAACUAAAAUCAUUUUUUAAAUGAAAUCAGACGCAAGAAGUGAUUGUGGUAAAUGAUACUAUGAUUUUUUACCAUGUAGUAAUGAUAAAACAAAACAGAUAUAACGUAACUGCCAUUACAAAUUCGAUUCCUCGAAGUUUUGCUUAAAAGAAAACUUCCGAUUGACCGGUAUUUUUUUCUUUUGGAAUAAGAUUCUCGUUAUUCUCCUCAAUGAAAGAUACUUUGACGCUUGCGGAUUUUUUGCUUGUUCUUUUUAUUUCCAUUAUAUACAAUUUUCCGAGUCAAUGGUGUAACGAAGCUAAUGUAAUUUUUAAUCAAUUACUUGUAGCUAUUGAAUAAACACCAAGACAUGUAAUUAUGAAAACUUUAAUCAAAGCGUUUCCGCGAUUUCGAUAGAAUUUAUAUCUCGAAUGUUCAUAUGUAAUAUUAACUCCGUAGAAAUUCUGAAUCGAUUUCCAUCAUAAUCUUUGAUUUUCUAUGAAAGUAUUAGAAAAAGAGAUAAAAUCAUACGUUCCUUCAAAUCCUUUCCCCUCCUGAAAAAAAAAUGUCACGUCAGAGUGGAAGGCUAGAGGACCAAGAGGAUCAGUGGAACGAGACAAGUAAAAUUCUUAAAUAAAAAAAAAAAAAAAAAAAGCGUCGGAGCUGUGUUACAUUUUUCUAGAAAUCAAAUUUAUCUUUUUUUAUAUCGAUUCAUUUCAUACGCGAAAUCUUAAUUUUUUUUUUUCUUUUUUUUAAAUAGAUAAUUGCAUAUAAUAAAGUCAAUAUGAAACUAUAAAUUACGUACUAUGUACGUAAAUGAAAGAUUUGUAAAUAUCUUUGAGAAUUUUUAACUUUUAUAUAUAUAUAUAUAUUUUUUUUUUUUCUUUCUUUUUUAUUUCAUUUUUCCUUUAGAUAGAUAUCUAUUCUUUGGUUUUAAUAUGUCAAGUUUUCUAAAUAUUGAAAAAUACAUAGCUCAGACAGUCGUGUGCGUUAUAAUAAAUUAGUAAUAUGUAUCUAAAAUAGAAAAUAAAAUAUUGUAAAUGACAUCCAAUGGCAGAUGAUCACAUAUAAAUUAAUAUUAAAUAAGUUGCAUAUAGUGAUGCGAAUUAUAUCGUAAUUCAUUUAAUAUUAAUAUGUAUAGUAUUUACGUGAAUAAAAAAACAGAAUAAUAAUAAAAA